CUGGACUCUGGACUGGAGGGCACCAAGCUAACAUUUAGUUGCAAAGGAGCGCUAGGAAGAAGAAGCAACGAGCCAUGGCCUCCGGUGGCCCGAAACCCAAACUGGCCUACAUCAUCUUGUACGUGAGGGACGUGGAGAAGGCCGCCUCCUUCUACGACGCCGCCUUCGGCUACACCGUCCGCCGCCUCGACCAGUCCCGCAAGUGGGCGGAGCUGGAGAGCGGGGCGACGACCAUCGCGUUCACGCCGCUGCACCAGCGGGAGACGGACGAGCUGUCGGGGGCGGUGCAGCUGCCGGACUCGUCGGCCGCCGGGAGGGGCUCCGUAGAGGUCUGCUUCGCCUACGCGGACGUCGACGCGGCGUACAAGCGCGCCGUGGACAACGGGGCCGUGGCCGUGAGCGCGCCGGAGGACAAGCCCUGGGGCCAGAAGUCCGGCUUCGUGCGGGACAUGGACGGCAACAUCGUGCGCAUCGCGAGCUACGUGCGAGAGUAGUCGCAUUCCGCUGCAUCACCAUCGGUCGAUCGAUCAGCCUUUCCCAUGCAUGUCUCGUAUACUACACGUCUACACGUGUACCAAAAAAAUAAAUAUAAUCGUUGUGCAGGUCAUGUUUGUCUUGGGAGAGGUAGGACCGUGGAAGAUGUAAAUGGAACCGUGGAGCAGUGAAUACAAAAAGCGCCAUCUCGUCCCUGUUUCCA